AUACAUUACUCAACUGCAGGAGAAGAGGGGAAGCAUGUCUAUCAAUCUCCAAAUCUAGUGUCUUGGCCAACCAACACCUGAGCCUGCAGCUAAUAUUUAUAGAUUCUGUUUACUCAGCCUCAGCCUGGUUCGGUACGUGUUCGAGUCAACAUCGACGAUAUCCUGUCCUUCCCCGAUCUUCAUAACAAGGCUUUUCGGUUGUUCGAAUCAAUGGAACGACCAUAUUCAGUACGCUUGAGCCCACGAACGGUGACCUGCCUUGCGGAGAGAGGGCACUGGAUCCCGAUAUCAAAGAAGAUCGACGACAAAAGUAAAGCAGAUUACUUCCAGAAGAUCCUGGUGCUCAUGCAGGUCAUAUGGAUGGUCAUGCAAUGCAUUGCGAGGAAGAUCAAGAACCUGCCUCUCAGCUCGUUAGAGGUUCACACUAUGGUUCAUGUGUGUGCGAUAUUUCUUUACUUGUGUUGGUUUAGGAAACCUCUGAAUGUCUUGGAUCCUGAGAUUAUAAACCCAGGAGAUUUUAAAGAGGAUGUAGCUCUCUUGGUUCAACGGCAAUUCUACCCCAACAUGUCAACGAGACUGGCAUUGUUCCCUCAACAACAUCCAGACCAACCGCCUCCUCUAAGGAAGCGCAGCUUGAUGCAGCCAGACUGGGUCACACCGAAACCUUUUAGAAUUAACUUUCAUGAUGUCUCAAGAGUAGAAGAGAUGCAACUUCUUGAAGAAACUCCCGAGUCAUCCUCUCGAAACUGGAUAGGUUGGUCUUGGAUGCGAAGAUUAGCAAGACCUCCGGCGUAUGAAAGACUACCUGAUACCUGGGCGAAUCCACGAUCAGGGCCUUGGGUAAAGCCAGAGCCAGGGCUGCAGAUGUGGCCUGGAGAUAUCCUACCCUCUGGACUCUUAUAUCACUCAGAGUUUGCACAUAUACCUCUUGUACUAUCAGAGCAGUUCCUCAAUCGCUGGGACGCCAUCUUGUCAACCUUUCCAUUCCACGACCGCGAGGCCCUUCUCAAAACAGCGAGUUUUGUCAAGGUGAAUCGCAUCGCCUGGGACUUUGAGAUGAUAAGUCCCCAAGAUGAUGCUGGACCUCAAGCUGGCCAAGAUCUCUUCCUCGCUCGACUACCAGAGUUCAAGCCAGUUCUCGACCCUGCGUACAGAACCAUGCCUUUCAGCGAAGGCAAAAGAAACCUGAAUAUCAACUUCAGCGUCUUCACAGAAAGUGAAGGGGUCUUUGGCCUUCUGGGCUUCUUCCAGCAAUUCCCGUGGCUCGCUGGUCUUGCGCUGCUUCUGUCCGGCAUCUAUGGCGGCGUUCAUCUGUCAGCAUGGAACUGGACCUUUCCCAACUAUGUCGAGCAUCUGAUGUGGAAGAUAAGUUGUCUCUAUAUUGCGGGUGCGUUGGUGUUGUACUUCGUCAUGGCAGUACUCGCUACAGCUGUGAGGACUGAUGGAACAACUUGGCUACUGACUUAUGUCGCAUUCUGGCUUGCCUUGUUUGUCUACAUGGCUGCCAGAGUUUAUGUUGUUUUCGAGUCCUUUUUCAGUUUGAGACACUCUCCUGCUGGAGUGUAUAUAUCACCAGCAUGGGUUCAGAUGUUUCCUCAUUUCUAGUCCAAUAUAUGUACACUAUGUAUGUAUAUAUAUAUAUUCUUCGGGCAUCAAAGACUCAUAAUGUUAAAGUUGUGCUAAACAAGCAAUGGCCAAUGUCUCGUAUAUAAAAUGUGCAAGUAAUUACAAAUAGCUAAAUGUACAAACGUACAAGCAACUCAGGGCAUUAAAGCAUAGCAACUAGACUAUUCAAUAGCCACAACUCAAGAA